CAAAGGAAGAUUGUUUGGUGUCUCACCUUGGGAUGCUACUGUCCGCACGGUACUCUCAGAGCUUGUGCUUAGAGGCCUAUUGUAAGCGUUCUUGACUGAGCCGCGAGGCUGAGUGCUGUUUCUAUCGCACUCUGAGGACAGUUGCGUUCCAGCCGAGACACCAGACGCGGCUUGCUUCUUUCUCUGAAGCUGACAUGAUCGAUCACUGGCCAAGCAUGUCUUGAUAAAGGUUCACACAUUCUUUGACUGAUGGUGAAUUACCUGCGCUGCUACCCUUGGUCAACCGGUUGUUUGUCUUAUUCUCUAUUGCUCAAGGCAGAAGGACGUCUUAAACUGUCAAUGAGCAAGUAGCUGCCUUGCUUACUCGAUCCUUGCUACCUUGGACCUGAUUAGUUUAUCUUUCCUCAUAAACUCCUCGCUGAGCGGAAAUUCUACACCGCAAGAAGCGCUCGAAAUCAGUCUACGACAGUCUCGCCUACAAGCACAACGGGGUUCCUUGUGGUCGUCCAGCUGGUAAACUGUGCGUCCGAUCGAGUGGAUAUUGGGGAGCUGAGCUGCGCAUCACAGCAAGAUUGCCUGCCUAUUGCCCAUUGAGGCGUCUCUCAAAUCCUCUCUUCAGCAACAUCGAGUGCGACCUUCCUCGCAGUCAUGGCUCAGCCUGUUCAAUUCUUCAAAACCAAACCUGCCCCACAAACCACCGCUGUCCCCACUCCCUUGCAAGAUGAGUUCGACUAUGAGGCGUUGCAGCUUCCUGGUGUUGAGCUCCAGUUGCUGUUCGAACCAGAGAGUCCAGCCCAUUUGAAGCUCGCUGUUAAAGAAGUGGACAGAGUCGAUACCCGUAAACCGUCAUCGGCAGUGGUCAAAUUCCCUGCUAAAGCCUGUGGUGAUUUCAAGAUUGAUAAAGUCAAUACUGCAUGGUACGGACGAGUUACAAACAAUGAACGGGCUCCUAAUGGCGAACAAUUCCUGGCGGUCUCGACCUUCCAUCUCGACCUUGUCUGCGCAGAAGGCCUGUUCAUCGAGGACUGUCCAGCAGCCUUUCAGCCACUCCAAGAAUACCUAAACACGGAGAGACAACUAGCGAUGGUCUUCGAUAUCACAAUGAAGCGACGCAUUUUCGACCAUGCACGACUAAAAUUUGUUGCAGAGAAAGCAGCAGGCUGCUUGAGUCCAUGGGCUAGACUCUACGAGCAACUCCCAGUCCUACCCAACGUACCUCCUCGACCCAGUGUUGCCUCUCAACGUGCUUUCCUUGACUGGGACGACUACAAGCAUACGUUUGCCAUUGGCAUGGAAUACGAGAGACGGUUGGACGAGGGUGAAAAUGACAGCGGCUACAAAUGCGAUGUGCGUAUCAUCGAAAUGCCGGAGAGCAAAAACCGCAAAUUCCAGAUGAUCAUCUUCUGUAAGAGAAAGAUUGAUCUUGCUCCUGGUGACAAGGCUCACCUUUGGUUCGUGGACGGUUCCGAUGAAGAUUCCGAUGAAGAUUUCGACACGGGCAAGAUUUGGGACGUUACUAUUCUGCCUCCAGUACCGUAUCAACCCUCCAAGUGUUUGACAGCAACAUUGAUCCGUCGACGAGACCCUGAUUCGCAUAGUUAUUGCGAUGACAGAGCACUGGUGGUCUUUCAACGCUCGGCGAUUCCGUCAGGUCCAGAUGGACGAGAUUUUGUGCUUGAUCAGAAGAGUGUGGAAGCGAUCAUCCAGCCUGACAGAAUGGAAAGCACCUUCAAGAGAAACCGUCAAGCUCUUGAGGCUUUGAACGAUCGUCUCACCGUGCCUGAUCUUCAGGGUAUGGAUAAGGCCCUCUCGGAUUUCUUGCUCGCCAGGCACCCAUCCAAGAUUACCAAAUUCGACAUGUACGCAAGCCUGGCUGAGACCCCUGCCGACCCUGAAGCUUCCCUGGACCUCAACGAAAGCCAGAAAGCAGCCGUUCGUGCGGGACGCGAAGCGGCCGCAGGUUUUCUUGUUUGCCAUGGUGGACCUGGAACUGGCAAGACUCAUUUCGUGGUCGAGGCUGUCCAGCCGUUUCUGAAAGACCGAGGUCGAAAGCAUCGCUUGCUAUUGACUUCUGCUGGUAAUGCUGGUGCGGACGCCCUUGCUCUGGCUGUUGACCGUCGCUUGAAUAACCUCAUCAGCGAAAAGCUUGCUGAUCCUGACGGGUACGUGCUUCGAGUGCAUUGUGUCACAACUGAGAAGGACAUCUUCUUGUCGGCAGCAGAUAUUCGUGCUCAGGCCUUGAUUGAUUAUGGGCAAUCAGGACCGUCGGAUGAGUCAAUGUUUGGCUUGAAUGAGACCGACCAGGAGUUGUUCGACCAUUUUGUACAAUACAAAGAGGACUUCCUCCAGGAUGCCCGCGCCGAGCAUAUUGAGCUUUCGGUAGGACACAAGAUGCUCCAGCUGGCGGGCAUCAUUCCAGGAGCCACUACCGACACCCGUGCAUGGGGUGAUCUCAAAGAAAUGUACCGCCAGUAUAGCCGCCACGACAUUGGUCGAUCGGACAAAGAGUUCCAGAGCGAAAUCGAGAAAUUGUUCGCUUACUCUAUCAGCAGCGCGACAUCCAUCUGCUGCACUGCAACAGGGGCGGGAAAUCCGAAGGUGUCAGGGCCGUACGCGGACGCGGAGCUGCUCGUGGUUGAUGAAGCUGCGAGAGUUGUCGAAUACGAAUUGUGGCCACUCCUCGCAUUCUAUCAGAACUUGGUCGGGAAAAUUCUGGUUGGCGACAUCGACCAAUUGCCUCCGGUCCUGAAGUCGAGUGGGAUUGAUAUGGCCAAGGCCAGGAACCCGAGAUCAAGAGUCAAGCCCAACCCGUUCGUGGCACAGCUGGAACUUUCUUUUCAGGAACGGAUCCAGGACGCAGGAUUCCAGGCUGCCUUCUUCCAAGUCCAGCAUCGUGCUGUUCCACAAAUUGCAGCGAUCUUCAACAACGUGAUCUACGAGGGCCGGCUGUUAAACCAUGAAAGCACCCGCGUCGAUCGCCGUGCCCUGGCGCAAAAGGUUGUGCAGCACAACGAGUCGACUUUCGAGUACGCCUCUCCUCUCAUCUUUUUCGAUCUCCCCCAUGCCGUGGAGGAGUACAGACCCGGCUCCCAUUCGAAGUAUAAUUCAGCGUAUGCUAAUGCCGCCCUGGUGAUUGUCGAAGACCUUCUACUUGCUGGGUUUGGAACUACGGAGCCGUGCACAAUCGCGAUUCUGACACCAUACAAUGCUGAGUACGAGAACCUCCAAUAUGCCAAAGGCUGGAUGUGCGAGCGAUACCCGCAAGCCGCGGAUGUUGUUGUCGACAAGAUUGACAAGCGCCAAGGUGCAGAGUUUGACAUCGUGAUUGUCGACCCUUGUGCUGUGAUCAAGGCCGGCUUCUUGCAGAAGCAGCGGCUCAAUGUCCUCUUCUCGCGUGCAAGAUGUGGUCUGUAUGUUCUCGGUAAUCACAUGCAGUGGAGUGCUAUGGAGGGUGACCGACAGGCGUGGUUCAAGAAAUUUCACGACCAGCUGAAGGAAUAUCGUACGGAGUGGCCACAGGAGAAGUCCUUGGAGUCGAGAUUCUACGAGGUCUGAUGUGUGGGCUAGUCCCACGACCACAAGGAAAGUUGCAGAGAUGGACCAAAUUGGAGAUGGAUGCCGCUGUUGGUGUUGAGAAAGGCUGUUGGCUAUUCGGACAUGACGAUUGGCAGUGUGUGUAUGUUGGCUGUUGUGAGUAACUGAAGAAGCAUCAUUUUGGCAUCGCAUUGAACAGGGGGCCAUCCUGCCUCGUAAAUUAUCCUC